AUUAUAACAUCAUGUUCCAAUUUAAAUAAUAGUGAAGUUCAAGACCAGUGUAUGAAUUCCAAGGUUCCAAUAAAAUGUGUGAAUAAAAACCCGUCUCGCACGUUUUUAAUGGUAGGGAAAAAAGACACCUUCCGUUUUAGUAAAAUUCGCCGGUUCCAAUAUGGCUGUUGCUGCCGACGGAAGAGCCAUCUGACGUGGCAAUAAACAAAAAUCCUUGAAGCGGGUCCCGUGUACGUGUCCGGUCCGUAUUUCCGCGACGUUGAUGCUAUUUUGCGUAUCUAUGGGGUGUCUUCCCCGUGUGUUUUUUCGGAGUUUAGUGACUGUAUGUGUCUAAAGCGCCGUGAGCGCAUUCCGACAACGAAAAACAUGUGUCGGUUUCGACUGAUCUUUGGCUUUCUGGUAGUCGGUCUUCUCACUCUGGUUCGCACCGACGAACACAGUCACGUUUACGAGGACAACGAAGAAGUUGUACUAUGGAUGAGUACAGUUGGACCUUAUCACAACAGGCAGGAGACCUAUUCCUAUUACUCUUUGCCAUUUUGCAUUGAUACUAGGAAAGUGAUCAGUCAUUAUCAUGAAACACUUUCCGAGGCUCUACAGGGUAUAGAACUGAAGUUCAGUGGAUUAGAUAUCGAAUUCAAAGCGGACAUCUCAAAAACAGAGUACUGUGAAAUUGAGCUAACUGAGGAGAGUCAAAAGGCUUUUGUUUAUGCCGUGAAAAAUCAGUAUUGGUAUCAGAUGUACAUUGAUGAUUUACCUAUUUGGGGGGUAGUUGGAGAACCAGAAGAAAAUAAUGGAGUUGUGUCGUAUUACAUUUGGACGCACAAGAAAUUAGAUAUAGGAUACAAUGGUAAACAAAUAGUAGAUGUGAAUCUAACCAGUGAAAAUAAAGUAAAACUUGUGCAAGGGGUGCACAUCCCAUUCAGCUACGAAGUCAACUGGAAGCAGAGUAGCGUUAAAUUUGAAGAUAGAUUUGACAAAUACCUUGAUCCAAAUUUCUUCCAACAUAGAAUACAUUGGUUCAGCAUUUUCAAUAGCUUUAUGAUGGUUAUCUUCCUGGUUGGUCUUGUGUCAAUGAUUUUGAUGCGCACGUUGAGAAAGGAUUAUGCAAGAUAUAGCAGGGACGAAGAAAUGGAUGACAUGGAGAGAGAUCUAGGGGAUGAAUAUGGCUGGAAACAAGUUCACGGAGAUGUUUUUAGACCGGCGAGUCAUCCCAUGAUAUUCUCAGCUCUCAUUGGUGCUGGUUACCAGGUCACCGUCGUCGUAUUAAGUGUGAUUAUAUUCGCCAUACUUGGGGAGCUCUACACAGAACGUGGCUCAAUGCUGUCCACUGCGAUUUUUGUCUAUGCAGCGACGUCCCCAAUAAAUGGUUAUGCAGGAGGUGGACUGUAUGCCAGAAUGGGUGGACGAAUAUGGAUAAAACAAAUGAUAGUCAGUGCUUUUAUGCUGCCAGUAAUGGUUUGUGGCACAGCGUUCUUCAUAAAUUUCAUCGCCAUGUAUUAUCAUGCUAGUCGUGCCAUUCCUUUUAGUUCUAUGGUGGCAGUGACGUGUAUUUGCAUAUUUGUGAUUUUACCACUGACACUGGUAGGAACUAUUCUUGGACGUAAUCUGGCAGGGACCCCAGACGCUCCUUGUAGAGUAAACGCUGUACCAAGGCCUAUUCCUGAAAAGAAAUGGUUUAUGGAACCACUUGUGAUUAUCAUGCUAGGUGGUAUAUUGCCCUUUGGAUCGAUCUUCAUUGAAAUGUACUUCGUCUUCACAUCCUUCUGGGCGUAUAAAAUUUACUACGUUUAUGGAUUCAUGCUAUUGGUAUUUGUUAUUUUGAUGAUUGUGACUGUCUGCGUCACAAUUGUCUGCACAUACUUCCUUCUCAAUGCUGAGGACUACCGAUGGCAAUGGACGAGCUUCUUGGCAGCUGGCUCGACUGCGGGCUACGUUUACAUGUAUUCCUUUUAUUAUUUCUUCUUCAAAACAAAGAUGUACGGUUUAUUCCAAACUGCAUUCUACUUUGGCUACAUGGCGCUGUUCAGUUUAGCUUUAGGCAUCAUGUGCGGUACGAUAGGAUAUAUUGGUACGAAUGCUUUCGUGCGCAAGAUAUACUCCACGGUCAAAAUAGAUUAAGUCAGCAGUCCGUUUUCAAUUUGGUGACUACGAAAAUCGUAGAUGAGGUUGAAAAAGCAAAGGCGUCUAAGCGCUGUUUAACUUCGGACUUUAAUUUUCCCCAUUCAUUUCUUCCAUCUCGAAAUUUGCGAUACACCACUGUCCUAUCCCGAACAGUGAAUAGGUCUCAAUAAAAAAACUGCCUAUUUGUAGACAUGACGUCAGAUUAAUCCCUUGCUCGAGAAUAUGUCCGUCUUUGUGAAAUGACAAUUUUAUAGUCUACAAAUACAUAUCUAGGUUAUUUUCAUAGAAUGCGUUGAUCUGGAACUCUAGUGGCUUUGUUGUAAGUAAUUCUUUAAAAUGCUUUUGUGCAAUGGUUAAAUAAUUAUUGAAAUUUAAUAUUUAUUAAUUGCGCAUUCUGCUUUGCAUUUUUCUAAUAGAGUUUCUACAGACGUGUUCUAUCGUUUUAAAUUAUUCUAAUUCUAAUCGAAGAGAACACUAUUGUUAAUAAUGACUCAACUUCAAUAAAUGCAAAUUGCACAGGGUUCCAGGUCAAAUAGAAAUUAUUUCCUUUGGAUACUCUCGUAUGUCUAAAGUAUUGCUAGAUUUUAUUUUCGGACACAAAAGGAUUGUCACUUUGCUUAAUCGUAUCGCUGUCAAAACAACGUAGAAUCAGGCAUAAGUCAAAGUGUACACAAUACAUUAUAUUUGUUUUUUGUUUGUUUAUAUAAGACAAAGAGAUUCGAGCAUAGGUAAAAGGCAUGUUGUAGUUGUUGCACGUCGAAGAGUAAAGAACAACGUCACUAUCUUGGAAUAGAACUCUUGAAUCACUGUUCUUACAGAAAGUAUAAGAACAAUGUUUCGAAUGAGGUACUAAAAUUCAGCGAAAAAUUUAUUUUUCUGUCACAAGCAAAUUCAAUAUUACUUAAACCGUGAUGAAUUCAACGAAAAAAGGCCGUGGAUGUGCAUCAUGCAUCUUUUGUAAUUAUUUAAAUAAAGGUUCGAACACGAAUACUGAUAAAGAAUUCGACAAGAA